AUGAUUCUAAAGGCUUUGGGCCUAUUUUCUUCAUUAGGUGCUGGUAAUUCAAAAGGUUCUGGUGCAUCCUCACAAUCCAAUUCUGUAAAUCAAGGUGGUAUUGCGGGUAAUGGCUCUACAUCUUUCUCGCAUUCAAGUUCAGCUUCUAGUUCAUCUUCACAUUCUAGUUCAGCUUCACAUUCAAGCUCUUUUAAUAAUUUCGGUUCUUUUAAAGGCACCGGAACUUUUGUAGAUUCUAAUGAUUCUAAAGGUUCUGGGUCUAUUGCAACUUCUCAAUCUUCAUCCGGUUCUGGUUCUUUAUCAGGAUCUGGUGAAUCCUCACAAUCCAAUUCUGCAAAUCAAGGUGGUGUUGCGGAUCAUAGCUCUGCAUCCUUCUCUCAUUCAAGUUCAGCUUCUAGCUUAUCGUCACAUUCUAGUUCAGCUUUACAUUCCAGCUCUUUAAAUCAUUCUGGUUCUUUUAAAGGUUCUGGCUCUUCUUCAUAUUAUAAUGAUUCUAAAGGUUCUGGGGCUUUCGGUUCCUCUACAAGUUUUGGUUCUUCAUCAGUUUCUGGCAAUUCUAAGGGUUCUGGUGAAUCCUUACAAUCCAAUUCUACAAAUCAAAGUGGUGCUACCAGUCAUGGCUCUUCAUCUUUCUCACAUUCAAGUUUAGCUUCUGGAUCAUCCUCACAUUCUGCUUCUUCUAAAGGUUUUAGCUCUUAUGUGGAUUCCAACAAUUCUAGUAAUUUUGGUUCUACCGAGACUUUACAAUCUUCAUUAGGUUCUGGGGCUUCAAACUCCUCAACAAGUUCUGGUUCUUCAUUAGGUUCUAGUGAUUCCAAGGGUUCUGGAUCAUCCUCGCUUUCCAAAUCUACAACUCAAGGUGGUGUUACAAGUCAUGGUUCUUCAUCUUUCUCACAUUCAAAUUCAACUUCUGGAUCAUCCUUACAUUCCAGUUCUUUCGCACAUUCUGCUUCUUCUAAAGAUUUUGGCUCUUCCGCAGAUUCCAAGGAUUCUGGUUCUACUAUGACUUCACAAUCUUUAUUAGGUUCUGGAGCUUCAAAUUCCUCUGCAAGUUCUAGUUCUUCGUCAGAUUCUAGCUAUUCCAUGGGUUCUGGUUCAUCCUUGCAUUCCAGUUCUGCAACUCAUGGUAGUGCUACAAGUAAUGGCUCUUCAUCUUUUUCACAUUCAAGUUCAGCCACUGGAUCAUCCUCACAUACCAGUUCAUUCUCGCAAUCUGCUUCAUCUGAAGGUUCCACUCAUUUGAAGGGAAAAAGUUCUUCUAAGGCUUUAAACUCGACAUCAGGUUCCGGUUCGAGGACUAGUUUUGGUUCAUCAUUAAAUUCUAGUAAUUCGAAAGGAGAAAGCUCUUCUAAGACUUUGAACUCUGCAUCAGAUUCUGGUUCCUCAUUCGGUUCCUUGACAAGUUCUGGUUCUUCAUCAGGUUCUAGAACUUCUAAGGGUUCUGGCUCAUCCUCAGGUUCCAAUUUUGCAAGUCAUCGUGGCACUAACUCAUUCUCACAUUCCAAUUCAUCUUCUGGCUUAUUCUCGCACGCCAGUUCAUCUUCACACUCUGGUUCUGGUGAUUCAAGCCUUUCCACGGGGUCAUCAAGAUCUAGCAAUUCUGAUGGUUCUGGUUCUUUUAAGAACUCAGACUCUUCAUCUGGUUCUAAUGCUUUUGGAUCUUUUAGAGGGUCAGCUUCUAUAAUAGGUUCUCACAAUUCUAAGAGUUCAAAAUCCUCAUCAGAUUCUGACAUUUUUAAAAAGUCGAGUGCUUUAUCAGGUUCCAACAAUUCUAAGGGUUUUGGAUUUUCUGACAAUUCAAAAUCUUCAUCAAGUUCUGCUGGUGCUAAAACUUUAGACUCAUCAUCAGGUCUUACAAAUGCAGGCACUUCCGUUUACACUGGUUCUUCUGCGAUAUCUAGUCACUCUGCAAAACACACAAGUCCUGCAGCAUCUAGUCACUUUGUCGCACAAACUGGUUCUACCACACAUGCCGGAUCUUCUACAUCAUCUAGUCAUUCUGCAUUACAUGACAGUUCUUCUGCAACAUCUAGUCACUCUGCUGCACACACCAGUUCUUCUGCAACAUCUAACCACUCUUCCGCAAACACUGGUUCUUUUGCGACAUCUAACCACUCAGCCGCAAGCAUUGGUUCUUCUGCAAAAUCUACCCAUUCCGCUACACACACUGGUUCUUUUGCAGCAUCUAGUCACUUUGCCGCACAAACCGGUUCUUCCACACACACCGGAUCUUCUACAUCAUCUAGCCAUUCUGCAUCACAUGGCAGUUCUUUUGCAACAUCUAGUCACUCUGCUGCACACACUAGUUCCUCUGCAACAUCUAGCCACUCUGCCGCACACACCGGUUCUUCUGCGACAUCUAGCCACUCAGCCGCAAGCACUGGUUCUUCUGCAAAAUCUAGCCAUUCCGCUGCACACACUGGUUCUUCUGCAACAUCUAGUCACUUUGCAGCACAAAUUGGUUCUUCCACACGCACCGGAUCUUCUACAUCAUCUAGCCAUUCUGCAGCACAUAGUAGUUCUUCUGCAAGAUCUAGUCACUCUGCUGCACACACCAAUUCUUCUGUAACAUCUAGUCAUUCUGCUGCACACACCGGUUCUUCUGCAACAUCUAGCCACUCUGCCACACACACUGGUUCUUCUGCGACAUCUAGCAACUCAGCCGCAAGCAUUGGUUCUUCUGCAAAAACUAGCCAUUCUGUUGCACGUACUGGCUCUUCUGUAACAUCUAGUCGCUUUGCUGCACAAACUGGUUCUUCCACAAAGGACGGAUCUUCUACAUCAUCUAGUCAUUCUGCAUCACACGGCAGUUCUUCUGCAACAUCUAGUCACACUGCUGCACACACCAGUUCUUCUGCAACAUCUAGCCACUCUGCCGCACACACUGGUUCAAACUUGAGUAAUAAUAUUGGUUUUAAAACUUCAGGCUCUUUAAGAGGUAUCAAUUCUUACGAUACUCUUGGUUCUACAAACUCUGGAUCUUUCGACAGUUCUGACGAAAGCCAAUUUGGCCAUAGUUUCUCGAAGGUUUUUGCUUUCGGAGACUCAUACACCGAUACAGGCAAUGCUCAAUCUUUAGGCAUUAUGAAAAGCUUUGUGAGUGACUUUUUAUCAAAAUUUGAUCAAACCAUGCACUCAAACCUCAAGUUUGAUGGUAGAUCAAGUAAUGGUCGUUUGGUUAUCGACUUCCUUUGUGAUUCUCUCAACAUAUCGACGUUGCCACCAUUCGAAGUUGCUUCAAAAAAACCCGAUAUCAAUGAAAAAUGUGGAGUGAAUUUCGCCAUUGGAGGGUCGACAUCUCUUUCCGGUGACUUCUUUAGUAAUAACAAAGUCUCCAAUAACUUCAUGUGGCAAGGCACUCCAUUAGGUUUCCAAACACAAAUAGAAUGGUUCAACGAGUUUUUCACGGAAAAAGUCUGUAAUGGGAAAAUCACUGAACAAUGCAAGGCACAAAUGGGAAACAACCUCAUUUGGAUUGGACAAAUGGGUGCAGAUGACUUCGCUCGCGUUAUCGGAUCUUCUAUUUCGUUGAGGUGGCUUACCGAUAUAACUCUCGAUCAAAUCUCCAAAAUCCUCACGACGGUGUUGGAUAGUGGUGCAAAGUUCAUUGUGGUUCAAGGACUACCACCAGUCGGGUGUUGGCCAUUAGCCAAGUUAUUAACUCCCCAAUUCGCCCAGGAUGAAAUGGGUUGUUCUGCAGUUAUCAAUAAAGCAGUAAUGGCUCACAAUGAUUUGUUACAGAAGACAUUGGAAGAGUUUCGGAAAAAGCAACCCCACGCUACGAUCGCAUAUGCUGAUUAUUUUAACGCAUUCAAGACGAUCAUGGAAAACCUUGUCGAGUUUGGUUUUUCAGACGGAGUUGACACGUGUUGUGGCGUCGGAGGUGUACUCAACUUUAACUUGGACAUCCUAUGCGGCAUGCCUGGUACAAAAACUUGCAGCAACCCAAAUGGUUAUGUCCAUUGGGAUGGACUUCAUCUUACAGAGGCAAUGCAUAAACAAAUUACUCGUCUCUUCCUCAAGGAUGGCUUCUGCAAACCGUCUUUUGCCGAACUCGUCAACAAGCAUCGCAGCUUAAUUCAAGCCGCUCAACCGUAGGCUCCUUACAACGAUCGAGCACUAUGGA